AUGAACAGAAACCCUCAAGGGAAGUGUAUCAUCAUGAAUAACUUCGACUUCCAUGAUAAAGCCUAUAAUCGCCCUGGUACUGAGUAUGAUGAACAAACCCUGGAAGCCCUUUUUGGGAACCUCUCAUUUGAUGUGCAAAUCCACAGAAAUCUUGAUUCAUGUGGAAUGAGAGGUCUUGCAAGGACCAUAGCAAGUGAGGAUCACAGCAAGUUUGAUGCCUUCAUCUGCAUUGUGAUGUCCCAUGGAGGAGACCAUGAUACUAUCUUAGGUGUAGAUGGAAGAAUUGUAACUGUUGAAGAAAUGACGUCCGAAUUUAAUGCUGCGAGGUGCGAAACACUGAAAGAAAAACCUAAAGUGUUCAUUUUUCAAUUCUGUAGGAAGUCUCUCUCCGAAUCUCUGUUGCAUGAAAAUAAUUUCAUGGACAGCAUUGUGGGUAAGCUUCAUGUUGAUUCCACCCUCUCAAAAGGAACAAGCGCACAUGAGGCUGAUUUUUUGUUGGCCUUUGCAACCACCCCUGGGUGUUAUUGCUACCGAUAUGAGAAUCAUGGCUCACCAUUCAUUCAGACUCUUGUGGAUGUUAUCAGAAAACAUCAUCAGGACAGCCAUUUGCUAGAGAUGUUGUCAGAAGUAACCAGACGCGUGGUUGAAAAAGUCAACAUUCAAGUUCCAUCUAACAGCAACACGCUGACGGCCAAGCUUUAUCUCUGAGCGGAUAAUUCAACAAAUUACAAAGCUGAGAGCUAAUUGUUUUAGUCACCAGCAUAACACUUGGUAAAUUCAGAUCACUAUCAGUAUCUGGGCAGCGGCCCACCUACCC